GAACUGAACUUAAUAAAAUCCCAUACAGAAAAUUUAUUUGUGUUUAUAUCAUUUUACAGCUUACUAAGGAUUGCUAUCAAGCCGCUCCUCAGCACCUUAAAAAGCACAUCACCCGUUUGACAUUGUCACCGGGGCGAUACAGUAGCGCUGGGUAGAGUUGUCUUUUGCAAACAUUUUCAUGUUGAGGAAAAAAACAUACUUUACAGCAAUCCUGCCUGCCUAAAAACGCCCCAAUAGCUCCGGUUCGACACUUUUAAGUACCGUGCAAAACAGAAAUAAUAGGUUGUUUUAAUGGUGCAUCUUACUGGAAGAGAAUGGGUGCAAACAUUUCCCAGCUUGAGCGCGACAUCGGCUCCGAUCAAUUUCCACCGAACGAACACUACUUCGGACUGGUCAAUUUCGGUAACACCUGCUACAGCAACUCGGUGCUGCAGGCGCUCUACUUCUGCCGCCCGUUCCGGGAAAAGGUACUAGAGUAUAAGGCGAAAAACCGCCGCACCAAGGAAACGCUACUGUCCUGCCUGGCCGACCUGUUCUACAGUAUUGCGACGCAAAAGAAGAAGGUCGGUUCGAUAGCGCCGAAAAAGUUUAUCGCCCGCUUGCGGAAGGAGAAGGAAGAGUUCGACAACUACAUGCAGCAGGAUGCGCACGAGUUCCUAAACUUUCUCAUCAACCACAUCAACGAAAUUAUACUGGCCGAGCGCAACCAGGCAAAGACAGCCGGCGGCACCGGUGGUGGUGGCACUGCGGGUGGUAAGGGUGGUGGUGCCGCCGCCGCGAACGGUAUAUCGGCGAACGGGAACGGGACGGUGAAUGGGUUGGACGGAGGUUACGGUACCGGUAACGGGGGCAGUAGCGGCAGCACCAACGGCAGCGGCAACACCGAACCGACGUGGGUGCACGAAAUCUUUCAGGGAAUACUGACGAGUGAGACGCGCUGCCUCAACUGCGAGACGGUCAGCAGCAAGGACGAGAACUUUUUCGACCUGCAGGUGGACGUGGACCAGAACACCAGCAUAACGCACUGCUUGCGUUGCUUCAGCAACACCGAAACGCUCUGUAGUGAUAACAAAUUCAAAUGUGAUAACUGCUGCAGCUACCAGGAGGCGCAGAAACGGAUGCGCGUCAAGAAGCUGCCCAUGAUACUGGCCCUCCAUCUGAAGCGGUUCAAGUACAUGGAGCAGUACAACCGGCACAUCAAGGUGUCCCACCGUGUCGUGUUUCCGCUCGAGCUACGGCUGUUCAAUACGUCCGACGAUGCAGUCAACCCGGACCGGUUGUACGAUCUCAUGGCGGUAGUCAUACACUGCGGGUCCGGUCCGAACCGUGGCCAUUACAUUAGCAUUGUAAAGAGCCACGGUUUCUGGCUCCUGUUUGACGACGAUAUGGUUGAUAAAAUUGAAGCUUCCACCAUUGAAGAUUUUUACGGGUUAACGUCGGACAUACAAAAGUCUUCGGAAACCGGCUACAUUCUGUUCUACCAAUCGCGUGAUUGUGCGUAGGACGCAGGGACGCGGGACGCACAGCAACAGCACGACGGAGAGGAAGAAGCAGUAAUGUUACUUUUUGUGUUAUAGUGGAUUUGAUUUUAUUUAUUUAUUUUCUAGCGGAAGAUGUUGUAAUAUAUCAUUACAUAUAAUGAUGCGUUAGUGACUGCUACUACUACUGCUGCUGGGCACCGGGGGGGAGGGGUAGUUGGUAGUGAAACAACCGAACGCAAAAUGCUGCUGUUGUUGCUGCUGCUAUAGCAACGGUAUUUGCAGUGCACUUGGAUAGUUUGGUUCGCUGUUUUUCGAUUGUUGAGAGUUACAAACAAGCGUGCGUAGUGUAAUCGAAGUAACCGUGUGGAAUUACCGUGCCCCAGAACGUGAAGAGAUCGGGGAUGUUGGAUGAUUUUUUUCUUAAAUAUGUUUUAAACUUUCAGACUGAAUCUGAUUGAAGAAGAUCUUCGAAGGUUCUUCCUCCUUGUCUUGGACCAAAAGCCUCCCAGUAAGCUGGUAAGAUUGGCUGUUUAUAUGCGUCCAGGCUUCUAAUCUAGCCAUCUUCUCAGUGGCAAGGAACUCCUCUGAUCUAGCCUGGAGGAGGCCUUUCGCGAGAAUGAUUCUGAGCGUGGCUCUUGAAUCCUUUUGGACCUCGAACCCCCAACAGACCCUUCGACAUCAAAAUUCUCUCGGUGGGCGAUCCCUCUCCCUCUCGGUGGGCGAUGAGAUCUUCUGGUAGAUAGGCUUAGAGAGGGAUUUUUUGGUAGAUGAGGGCUUCUGUUGGACCAGGUCCUUUGGUAGAAAUGCUCUGGGUGACAAAGCUUCUGUGACUUCAACGAGGAAGGCUUGGGCGAUGCUGUCUUAUCCGCCGAUAAGGAGAUUUUCGAAAUUUCAAAUUCAACUGCCUGGGUUGUAGAGAUGAAGACGCGAAAUUGUCCCCAUGUCGUCGAGAAUGUUAUCCACCGGAAAAUGGGUUUGGGGUGUCCCUUAAGACAAGCUUAAUUCCUUCCACACGCUUCACCAUGGUAACAACCAACUCGAGGCACACGGUUACUACGCGCGAUGCAGUAUUGUUUCAGCAUGCAAAGUAACGAAGAGUGGAAGAGGAUCGAUUGGAAAUCGAACAUCAUCAGGCAACAACGGUCGUUGUGCAAAGAGUGAAGAAAAUUUGCCAAUAGUGAUAGUGAACACAAGAAACUUCUAAUAAAAACAAAACAA